GUGGGUGGGGGUCUCGCUACAAAGUCGCUUGUCGUUUUUCCAUCCCGGAAGGUCCAGCCUACAUGGAAAGUUGCCGUGGACGAGCGCGCAUCAGCACCGCAGGCACAGGCUGCUGUUGAGGAACCCACCCCUUCCUCACCCGGCGGGCGAGCAGGAGCGGCAGCGGCAACAUCGCCGACAUGGCUUCCAAAGCGCUGGACGGCGGCUGGGGAUGGGCCAUCGUGGUGGCCUCCUUCCUGGCCCAGCUGCUGGCCUACGGUUCCCCGCAGUCGGUGGGCGUCCUCUACCCCGAGUGGCUGCACGCAUUCCAGGAGGGCAAGGGCAUGACGGCCUGGGUGGGCUCCCUGGUGGCCGGAGUGGGCCUCAUUGCUAGUCCCGUGUGCAGCGCCUGCGUGGACAACUUCGGCGCUCGCCCCGUCACUAUCUUCAGCGGCGUCAUGGUGGCCGGCGGCCUGAUGCUCAGUGCCUUCGCUCCCAAUGUCCAGUUCCUCAUCUUCUCCUAUGGCAUUGUCGUCGGUCUGGGUUGCGGUCUGGUCUACGCAGCCACCUUGACAAUCACCUGUCAGUAUUUUGACAAGAGACGCGGCCUUGCCCUCGGCAUCGUCACCACAGGCACCAGCGUCGGAGCCUUCAUCUUCGCCACGGCUCAGAACGAGCUCAUCGUGCUGUACGGCCUGGACGGCUGCCUCCUGAUCAUCGGCGCGCUGGCGCUAAACCUCAUGGCCUGCGCCGGCUUCAUGAGGCCCCUCAACAUGCCGGGGUACUACCUCAAACAGAAGGCGGCCCUGGAACGCAACACAGAGGGGCAGCUCUUCGAAAAGCACCAGCUGGACGACCUGAAGACGCCGUCGGGUUCUACGGCGUCCACUCAGGAGAAGAGUCUGAUGGUGAAGGAGCUUCUCAUCACCAUCGACGGCAUGGACGCCAACAUUCAGGUGGAGAAGAAGAGGAGCAGCUUCCUGGCUCGGCUGGGCGUCAUGAAAAUCAUCAAGAAAAAGAGGCAGGCUUCCUCCAAGUACAUGACCUCUAUGUAUGAGAUACUGCAGGACCAAGCCAUGGUGGCCUUCUGCAUUGGCGUCUUCCUGUUUAGCCUGGGAGCGUUUCCUCCUGUGCUCUUAAUUGAGGACGUGGCACAGAGCCAGGGACUCAUCGACGAAGUCAGUGUCAUUCCUCUGGUCUCCAUCGGAGCCAUCGCAACAUGCGUGGGCAAACUGGUCCUUGGUAUGCUGGUGGACAUCAGGUGGAUCAACAGCAUCUACUUGUACACCUUCACCAUGUUUGCAGGAGGUGUCAUGCUAUUGCUCAUCCCUGUCACUAAAAGCUACAUGGGACUCCAGAUCCUCUCCGCCAUCUUGGGCUUCUUCUCGGGAAACUGGUCCAUCACCUCGUACAUUACCACCAAGAUUGUCGGCUUGGACCGACUCACACAAGCCCACGGAAUUGUCAUGUUCUUUGGUGGAUUUGGGAUCAUGCUGGGACCACCUGUUGUUGGUUGGUUCUUUGACUGGACGCAGUCUUACGACCUGGCGUUCUACUUCAGUGGGAGCUGCGUGUUGCUGGGAACGCUGGUUCUCUCCCUGCUCACACUGCCAUGCUGGAAUAGGAAACCCACGUCCGAGAACGACAGACCGGGCGUGCAGUACACCAGCAACUGCGACAAAGUGGCCUCUGUCGCGUGAAUAUGAGCACAUAGGGUGAACGUGCCAACACUCCGGGCCCCAUUGACUGCACUGCAAAUGCUCUAUCUGAAGGACCUCGGACUACAAGCACGGUUUGCCCUCAUAACCGCUGCCAGGUGUACAUGCACCAAGACACUUAACUGAGAAAAUCCAGGCCUUUCCUCCAAAAACCAUACCUGUAUUUCUCAGGUUCACGCCAAACACACAUUGCACAUCAGUUGAAGGUACAACCCUGCUGUAGGGGUCGGUCCUCUUUUAUAGCCUCAUUUUACGAGGUGGUCCAAACAAUAAUCUUGUUAAAUGGCCGUGUGCUGAAACUUGAAUCCACUGCAAAUGCACAAAAAACCCUGAAGAAUUAAGAGUGAACUUUUAAUAAUCUUAACUUAAGCAACAAGUUUUGAUUUGUUUUUGUAUGUGCAUCUGACAUACACCUUGUACAUUACAAAAGCAUCAAUGAUAGUUAAUUCCUGUCAACACGUAAUGCCUGUUUGAACAAUACACAUGCCUUGCUUUAUAGACAUUUUACUUUUCAAGUUUUUUUACUUUUAGAACCAGGAAUUCCACACCAUGAGCUACACCUGCACAAUCCAAUAAGCUCCGACACAAGAGCUAUGCCAAAAAGACAAUGCUGUUUUGAUUUGACACUGUCAAGAGGUAUUCAUUUAAGAAUUCUCAUUUUUCUGGUUGUAUAACUUAUUUUUACGACGCUGGAGUGUGCAGGUGUACCUAAUGUACAUCAUUUUUUUUCUGGAUCAGCAAGUAAAGCUGAUGUUUUUCAUUCUUUCAUCUUUGCGGCAUAACUAUUUUGACCAGGCUGGGCCUUUUUUUCAUGCCUUUUUUUGUAUAUGUUGUGUGUGUUAGUACUACAGUAUAAUGCACACACGUGCGCAGAUUUGUGUAUUGUGUGAUAUACUUUUGUAUUAGCACUAGUUUGAAAAGUCUUACGUACUCCAGACUUUUAUAUGCACCUGGCUGUAGAUUUGUAAGUCAUGUUUUAAGUUAGAACUGUGUAUGCGGAAUCACACGUAGACUUGAGAAGCACGUGACUGUUGGUCAGGAGACCACUGAAAAUACUUCCAGUAGCAGGUAAAGGUUGUUAAGUGUUUUGAGGGGGAUUUCAUGUCUGUGAACGCAGGACAGGGUGCAGAACCGAUGCAACUGGCACUGACCUUGCAUAGAGAAAGUUAUGUCUGUUUUCUUACACUUGUUAUUUCUAGUCUGUUAUUUUGUGUGCGUUGUGCCAAUAAAUGGAGUUUGGAAGA